UGCUCAGCAUCAGUUUCUAAGUUUCAUCUCAUAAUCAGUUUCUAAGAGAUAUGAACAAGUUUCACGUAUUCACGGAAUGAGAAACCACUCUGGCUAACUUUAGAGAUUUGCAAAAAAGAAUCGAGCCUGAUGCUGAGAAGACAAGGUCAUUAUACAGUAUAAAAGCAUUCAUCGAAUUUGCCAAGAAAAAAUCUUGAGUUUUCCAAAACUCAAGCCAAUUCAGAAUAAGAUGAUUUAUUCUCAGAGGAUAUAACCCUUAAAGUUUACAGCAGUGAUAUCAGUUCAGUAAGGUAGCCUACACGCCCAGGUCAUUACUCUUCUCAGUCAUUGGAUUGAUUCUUCUCAUUGAAGAUAUAAGCUUAUUUUGCUCCAUUUAUAAUAGAGCAAUUGGAUAUAUGAAGGACACCAAUCUAUACCUAAAGCAAGGGCCAGCUCAUCUAUCUGAACGUCUGAAAUGGCAUGGAAAUAACCUAGCUGGGUUAUAUUCUCAGCAGCAGGAUUGGGAGGUGAAAGCAACUCGGCCACCUAAGCUUGCUUAUUGGAUAAGAAUCGGUAGAGUCGUAUCUGAUCGUGAUUAAAUUCGGAAAUUAUGAAGAAAAUGAUACAUCCCUGCUACGAAAUUUCCGGAACAUUAUCCUGUAAAAUUUCCAGUAACCCUCAAGAUGCUGACUUUGGUUAGUGGAAUUUGAGGGAUUUUUGGAAAGAUUAGGGAGCAGCCUCAACCUAUGAUUCCCCUGCCGAAUAUUUAACCGAGCUAACCCUAUAGUAAAUUCGAAGGUUACGCUUUUAACACAGCAUGAAAUAUGCUGUUAUGUGAGCGAACUUACAAUAGGACCGAUUCCAAAAAUGUUGGCCAGCAAACCUCUGAGUUUUUAGAGAUGCUUC